UUUGGAGACGGGGUGCAGUCAGCCAGCCGGCCGAAACCCAGAGCGCUUCUGCAGCUAUUGGGGAAAGCAAGCUUACUUUUCUCUUGAAAUUCCUUGGCAUAACCAGCAGCUUACAUUUUGACAUCUUUUCAAAAAUUGAGUAGAAUUGAAGAGUGAAAUAAUCUUAAAAUUAUUGCCAAGGGUUCUUGGAUUUAGGGUUUGGUGAUUUUUUUUUUUUGCCUUCUUUGGUUUCUAAUCCUUAAGCCAACCCAGCCCAAUCAUGGUGAUGUUCAAGAAAAUCAAGUCUUUUGAGGUGGUCUUUAACGACCCUGAAAAGGUGUACGGCAGUGGGGAGAAGGUGACUGGCCGGGUGAUAGUGGAGGUGUGUGAAGUCACUCGAGUCAAAGCUGUCAGGGUCCUGGCUUGCGGAGUGGCCAGAGUCCUCUGGAUGCAGGGAUCCCAGCAGUGCAAACAGACCUUGGAGUACCUGCGCUACGAAGACACGCUUCUCCUGGAAGACCAGCCGACCGGUGAGAAUGAGAUGGUGAUCAUGAGACCUGGAAACAAAUAUGAGUACAAGUUCGGCUUUGAGCUUCCUCAGGGGCCUCUGGGAACAUCCUUCAAAGGAAAAUAUGGGGGUGUAGACUACUGGGUGAAGGCUUUUCUUGAUCGCCCCAGCCAGCCAACACAAGAAACAAAGCAAAACUUUGAAGUGAUGGAUCUAGUGGAUGUCAAUACCCCUGAUUUAAUGGCGCCUGUGUCUGCUAAAAAGGAGAAGAAAGUUUCCUGCAUGUUCAUUCCUGAUGGACGGGUGUCUGUCUCUGCCCGAAUUGACAGAAAAGGAUUCUGUGAAGGUGACGAGAUUUCCAUCCAUGCCGACUUUGAGAAUACAUGUUCCCGCAUCAUAGUUCCCAAAGCUGCCAUCUUAGCCCGCCACACUUACCUUGCCAAUGGCCAAACCAAGGUGCUGAUGCAGAAGUUGUCAUCAGUUAGAGGCAAUCAUAUUAUCUCGGGAACUUGUGCAUCAUGGCGUGGCAAGAGCGUUCGGGUGCAGAAGAUCCGGCCUUCCAUCCUGGGCUGCGACAUCCUUCGAGUUGAAUAUUUCUUGCGGAUCUACGUUAGCAUUCCUGGUUCCAAGAAAGUCAUUCUUGACCUACCCCUGGUAAUUGGCAGCAAGUCGGGUCUGAGCAGCCGGACGUCCAGCAUGGCCAGCCGUACCAGCUCUGAGAUGAGUUGGGUGGAUCUAAACAUCCCUGAUACCCCAGAAGCUCCUCCUUGCUACAUGGAUAUCAUUCCUGAAGAUCACCGAUUGGAGAGCCCCACCACUCCUCUGUUAGAUGAUACAGACGGUUCUCAAGACAGCCCUAUUUUUAUGUAUGCUCCUGAGUUCAAGUUCAUGCCACCACCUACUUACACUGAGGUGGAUCCCUGUAUCCUUAACAACAAUGUGCAGUGAGCAUGUGGAAGACAAGAAGCAGCUGUACCUACGUGUUUCUUUCCACCUCUCUUCCUGGACUCGAACUUUUUCAGAGACUGGACAGUCUCUACAGUGGGCGAUGGGUCCACCCUAACCUCUGACUCCCCAGUGUAGGAGAUCAGCAGGCAAUCUCCUGGGCCUUAAAGGGUGUGCACUCGUCCUCAGCCAGCGAGAUGUGAUAUCGGGGUGUUGGCUGGAUGGGUUUAAAAACACUAGAAGGACUCAGGCCCACCCCCUCCUCUCAGAUCUCCUUGAAAAUUGAGGCAUCUUCAGUAGUUUCGAAUAAGGGGUAGAAAUGGCCUUCUGGCAUGGUCUUCCCAAGUUUUUUUGGAGGGGAGUAUCGAUGGUUAAUCACAAUAUCAGAUCUUGAACUUUGUACCAUCAGGGGCACGGCCAAUUUAGCAAACUGGGAAAAUGAAAAAAGUCAUGGCCAAAACUUUGGAGAAAGGAGGUUCUUAAAAUCAUUGUUGCCCUUUGUUUCUACACUUACAGGAAAAAAAAAAAAAGAAAAACUUGGCCUAGACUUGGGGGAGAGCUUCUUAUGUGAAUUACAGGGAAGAAGCUCUAAGGUUGUCUUUGCUUAGAAUGUACUUUAAUCUGGUUUAAAGUAGUUGUAACUAUGCCCCACCAAAGGUCUUAAAAGCCAUUUUUAGAGCCUGUUGCACUGUGUUCUCCUGUUGCAAACAUCUUCAUGUGGGAGAAUGUGUUUUUCUUACCAUGUGACUCCUUGGAAUUGAUUCUGAGGGGAUGUUUUUAGCACUUUAGUUCUUGUCAUAUAUUUUUUUUAUUUUUUACUAUCUCAAAUGUAAGCUAAAACUGGUCUACUAUGUCUCUAAGGGUAAGCACAAGGACAAAAAAAAAAGUAUUACUCAUUACUUUUGAGACUCCCAGUGUACAGAAUUCUGUAAUUGUGACUAAUUGAUUAUAUGAGAAGGGUUGCUGCUAUCAGCUAUCAGCUGUGCCCACUGUGACGUUUCUAAACCUUAGGAGGAACUCGAGAUCAAGAUGCUCCAACACUGAUCAGAGCCUCCAGCCUUGCCAUGAGAAACUAGAGGGCAAGUGUUCACAGAAGCCCCAGGGACCCCUUCCUGCUCAGUGUUAGGGGGCCGGGGAUGUUGACAGCCCUCUCACUGCAGCCGCUAGCACUUGGAGUCCCCCUCAGCCUUAGCACUUUGUUCACUAAUCUGUGUCAGCACUGAGCUUCCACCCUUUUCUGAGAAAGUAUGUGGGCUGAAGGUGGUUUAGUUUUUUUUGUUAAUUGUGUACCUUUUUGUAUGAUAAGAAACUAUAUUUUGUACUUUACCAGAUAUAUUUUCACCCCAGGUGGGGGUAUUCUUU